UGUUUCCUAAAUCUUUGUUUUCUGUGUUCACAGACAAAAGAGCGUUACAAACUGGAAGCACUUCAGAAGAAGCAGGAGCAAGAGGAGGAAAGGAUGAAGAAGAUGGAGGAAGAGAAGAAAAAGAAACAGGACGAACUUAAAAGGAAGAGGGAUGAGAGACUGAAGAGAGUGCAUGAGGCUAAAGUCAAAGAAGAGCAGAGGGAAGUAGAAAAGAAGAAGAAAAUCGAGCAAAAAAUGGUUCAGAUUGAUGAGAAAAAUGAUAAGCGCCAGGCCGAGGAGAACAAGAAGAAGAAGUUGGCUGUUAAACGUCAAGAGGACCUGGAGCAGAGGAAGAAGCAGGAAGAGGAGGCUAAAACGAAGAUUCAGCAAGCCGAAGAAGAGAAGAAGCAGCAGGAAUUACUGGCCAAGAAGAAGGCCGAGGAAGAGGAACAGCGAACUCGCAAACUGGCUGAAGCUCGCCGAGCGCUGGAGCUGAAGAGAGAGCAAGAGAGAGAGAGGCUAGCUGCUGCUGAAAG